GUUUUAUAAACGAUGCGGAAUUGUGACUCCAGCAGUCGUGGUCUAGGAGUGAAAGAGGAUCAUCAUGCGUUUACUAAAGGGCAGUUUCAUCACUGUCCUGCCCAUCUUCGCUCUCUUCACACACACAGGGGCCCAAAGAUGCGACCGAAUCAAAAUCGGGAACGAGUACUACAAGAGACAACUCAUAGCCACCAUAGAUGGCUACCCAACAGGAAUCAUCAUCGAUCCGAGGAACGAAAACAUUUUUUUUAUCCUCCACAAAAGAAAUUACACUAGAGGAAUCCAUUUGCUCAAGCAUGGCGCUUUGGGUAUCAAAGAAAUACCAAUCGGCGAUGAUAUGAUAGGCCAAUGUGUCGCAAUGGAUAUCCCAAGCAAUAUCAUAUAUUUCGGAACAAAUCAAGGACUUGUCACCUUCGAUUCUGCUAGAGACACAGUCGCUUCAGAAAGACCCAUUGGCGACGAUGAUGUUCGUUCUAUAUUCAUAGAUAAAACAGACAAUCAAAUGUAUAUAGCCACUGGACCUAAUCAUGAAAUCUUCAAAUUUGUCAACGGAUCAUAUGCCGUAAGAAGAUAUGAGAAAGUCACGAAAGCAUACAGUUUCGUUUUAGACGCUAAAGGCAAUGUGUUUUAUGAAUACGUCGACGGAAGAAUGUACUUUUUCGCUACCGAUUACUAUGAACCUAUACAAUAUAAAGGAUUUUCUAGAGAACUAAAAUACAUAUUAAGAUUGAACACGCAAGACGAAGCAAUCGUAGCUGUAAAGGGCUCUCUGUUCAAAUUAAGUACGAAAAGCGUUUUGCCAGUGAAAAUUGGACAGCUGGGUUACAAAAUUACUGGAAUAGCUUUUGAUGCAAAGAGUAAUAUAAUUGUGGGAACGAGAGGGAAAUUAUAUAGGUAUAAGCCGAUAAAUAGUAACGAUCCUUGUCCUGCUGACGAUUAUUUUAUGGCGACUAUUUAGGAGGAAGUAGCAGGCUUAAUCCGAAGAUAUAGGUUCCGUAAAAUCACCCAAUUGUAGUCUAGACAAGACAAUUAUAGUCCUCAAGCUCAAUACGUAAUUAAGUAAGAAUACCAAUUCUUUUUUUCUUCCAAUUGUGAAAGUAUACUUCCGCUAGAUGGCGUGGGUGCACGGAGCGGGCGCACGUACGCGGGUGCCAUUGUAGGUAAAAUGCGGGCUGUACACACUCGACGAGAGACCCCGAGACAGGCCGAGAACGAGUGUGUACAUGCUGCUCCCCUCUCGUCUCGCUCUUCUUCAUUGGAGCAGAGCGGUGCCGAGACUCUCGGCGAGAGGCUCUUGACGAGUGUGUACAGCCGACAUUAGAGUUGCUCAUACUAUUUUUCAAUAACCCGCUCGCCCUCUCCGUGCAACCGCGGAUGCCCUUAUUACUGCAACACUCAAAUAAUCGAAGAUAAUUCAGGUCAGUUUGGUUGUUAGGCCUUUUUGGUCUAUAGUUGGGAGGUUUUAAGGUGACAUGACAACAUGCAUUCAUAACUGCCACUUGAGAAUAUGUCCAUUUCUUAUUUAUGUAUUUUAUAUUUUUAUUGUAGAAGCUUAGAUGUAUUUUUUUAAGAAAGUUUCGGAAAACUGUUUCAAAAUUAAUAAAUAUUCUAUGGCAAGCCAGCUUUAUUGCAAUCAUCGAUCA